AAGCCGAGCAGCGUCAGCGUGAAGAACUCACUCGAAAGCGGCAAGAGGAGGAAAUCGAGAAGCGACGCCGCCAAGAAGAGCUCGAGAAACGGAGGGCGGAAGAGGAGCUCGAGCGGAGACGACAGGAAGAAGAAUCGAGCGGAAACGACAGGAAGAGGAGAUUGAGCGCAGACGUCAAGAAGGGGAGGCUGAACGCCGACGCAAGGAGGAAGAUGCCCAGCGACGACGUGUCGCAGAGGCUGAGCGUCAACGUGUCGCAGAGGCUGAGCGCCAACGUAUAGAGGCUGAGCUACGCCAACGUGCAGAGGCUGAACGAGCAGAAGCCGUGCGUGCUGAGCUUGAGCAUCGUCAACGCAUUGAGCGUGAACAGCGCCGCCGGGACGAGGAACAUAAACGCCAAGAAGAGCUCGAGCGGAUGCAGCGCGAGGUGAUGUUGCAUCGGCAACGAGAGGAGGCUUUGCUCAGGCAGAGAGAAGAAGCACGCAAGAUCCGGGAGGAGGAAGAUCGUGCGCGCAGGCUGCGUGAACAAGCUGAGAGGAAAGAACGGGAAGACUUUGAGCGCAAGCGUCUUGAGGAUCUCGAACUACAGGUUCGGCGAGAAGAGGCAGAACGCAGGCAGAAAGAGGAGACCGAACGCAGACAGAAGGAGGAAACCGAACGCCAGCGUGCAGAGCUCGAACGCAGAAAAUUGGAGGAACUUGAACGCCAGCAGCGAGAAUCAGCCGAGCAAUUGCGAUUAGCUGAAGAGAUUCAACGCAAGGAACGGGAAGCCCUCGAACGUGAGCAGCGGGAGGAGCUUGACCGCCAACGAUUGGUGGAAGAACAGCGUCAACGAGAGGAGCAGCAACGAGAGGAACAGGAACAACGCCAACGAGAGGAACUCCAGUGGAAACAACGUUCAGAAGCCCUGCGACGACAGCAAGAAGAACUUUCACUUCAACAGCAGCAGGAACUCGAGCGCCGACAGCAGCUUGAGCAGAUGCAUUUGGACGAAGUCCAGCAGGACGAAGAUGUUGAUACCAGUCCAGACGCUGUGGAAGGCGAGGACGAGCAGCCACAGCCAUUUAUACCUACCUCCACAUCCGGCUCCCCGACCAUCCAACCUUCGCCCGAUGAUACCGCGGAACGUAACUUGCCUCCAAUGUAUCGUGGUAAGACAAAGGUACAUUCUCCAACGCUCUCGCUCUCCCAACCAAGUAAGGUGGAGGAGCAAGAGACGCGCCUUCCUUCUCCCGUCCACGCCACUGCACCCUCCGCGACGGAAGGCCCGCAAUCCCCUUUAUAUUUAUCUUCCACUCGUGUGUCCCCUACUCGUCCCUUCCACUCUCCCAUACACAAACCCGACCCCUCUUCUAUGGAUGUAGACGAGGAACUCCUGAGUCUCAUCGAGGAUCGCCCAUCAUUAAAUCACAAAGCUGCGCGUCUAAAACCCAAGCCGUCGCCUUCUCCACAACGCCCAUCUCCUCCAGAUGAUGAGCUCAUGCCUCCUCCCCCUGCGGCGCCUAUCAAAAAGAAGGCAGAGCCAGCAAAGGCCGGGAAGAAGAAAGGGAUGGCUGCUCCCAAGCCUCCUCCGAAACCCAAGCCUCCACCAAAAGCGCGCGCAAAACCUCCUCCAAAGACCAAAGCCAAGGAACCCACGCCGAAAGAUGUUCUCAAGAACAGUCUCUUUGCAAAGCAUGUUGCUGCCUCACGGUCACGAUCUGCGUCUGUCAUGCCUGUCGACACAAAGGAGGAGCUGGAAGACGAGGACAGCGAGAGAGAGGACGAUAAGCUGUACUGCGUGUGCAAAACACGAUAUGACGAAGAUCGAGUCAUGAUUGCAUGUGAUCGCUGUGACGAAUGGUAUCAUACACAGUGCGUCAACAUGCCCGAUCUUGAGGUCGAUCUUGUGGAUCAAUUCAUCUGCCCGGUGUGCAUCCAAACUAACCCCCACUUGCACCUUCAAACGACGUAUAAGCGCCGCUGCUUUUUCGGGUUGAAGCAUACAGACCCAUCAUCGUCGACUGCGUGCCACAAGCCCUCUCGAGGUGCAUUUUCGAAGUAUUGCUCCGACGAAUGCGGCAUCAAGUACAUGCAGAUGCGUAUUUCGCAAUGGGAGCGCAGUGGUGGCAAACGCGACAAGCUCUGGGAAAGCGUCAAGAACGCAGAAAAGCGUGAGGGCGUUGUCGUCUGUGCAGACGUGAAGAUGGAGAUCGACAGUAAGCUAUCACCUGCGCCUAUUUCUGCACAGAAGCGUAAGGCGAACCGUGAAAUUGUAUGCUUGAAUUCACGCCUCGAGAAUGUGGUGAGGGAGCGGGAGAUGAUGAAACGUGAGAUGGAUAUGGUGUUGUGGAGGGAGAAGUUGGUGAAACUUGCUUCUGAGCGGGCGGAAAAGGUGGAUGAGUGUGGGUGGGAUCAGAGGCUUUGUUUUGGUGAGGAGGAGUGGGAUGAUUUUGGUGCGGAAGUGUUGGAGAGCUAUGAAGAGAAGGCAAAGGAGGAAGCAUCAGAUGAUAUCAUGCAGGUAGAUGACGUCACGACCGGUCAUGGGGAGUGGUGGUGUACGGGGAAGAAAAAGUGUGAGCGACAUGCAGGGUGGCAGAAACUACGCGUUGCCGAGGUUGUUUUUGAUAAAGAAACGAAGGAAACGAUACUCUCCAAUCUCACCACUCGCGAACGCGAAAUAAGGAAAGGAAUCGAAGAUAUUUUAUACCCACCAUCAACGAAUGCCUCUCAGGCGCCGUCCAAGCCCUCACUUGCAGAUCCGCCACUUAAUGGCACUAGCAAACCUCGGAUUAACGGGGAGACUAUAGAAAAGGGGAAGAAGAAGAAAUCGUAAUUCAGACCACUGUAUUUUUAAGACAUCUUUUCUUGUUUGUUGUCAGAGUAUUUGACGUCCUAUCUCGCUUUUUUGCAGUUCUUGAUAAUGAUGUUUUCGUCCUUU